UCUAACAUUACAUACAAAUCCUUAAAAAGUUCCAAUUUUUUAUUUUUUGUUUAUGGGUGAGUGGAUCGCUAGCAACAACAAACUGCUCCACCAAAAUCUAGGACAAGAAAACUGUGACAUAUGCUUGCUCUUAGGAGUGUUUCUCAACGUAUUGUCUCGUCAAUUGGUGAAGAUAUUCUUCAUGCCUUUAAAUCUUCUGAACCAAGUUUCCAAGAGAAAUCCCGCAAGUCUCUGCAGCAUAUUCCAAAAGAGUUCUUCUCCGUACAGGCAGAUUGCGCACCAUUUUGCGCACCACCUGCUGACGUGGCAGGUCAAAUUUUUUUUUUUAAAAAAAAAAAAAAAAAAAGCCAGAAAAAGAGGGAAAACUCGAAAUACUCGAAAUCUGCCCAUUUCGCAUCUGCCUCUCCCGUAUCUCCCGCUCGAAAUACGCAAGGACCACGCAGCACCUCCGUCCUCCGCGAGCAGCACCUCCGUCCUGCGCGACCACCUGCUCCGGCCUCCGCCACCACCUCUGCCGUCCUAUAAAAAAAAAAAAAGACGGAAAAAGAGGGAAAACAUCUCCCCUGCGAUUUCCCGUCUCCCUCCCGCACCUCUGGCACGAAAUACCCAACGACCACGCAGCACCUCCGUCCUCCGCGAGCACCUGCUCCGGCCUCCGGGACCACCUCUGCCGUCCUAAAAAAAAAAAAAAAAGAGACAAAAACUCGAUCCUGGCUCUCACUUGAUCAAACCGGCUUCCCGAAAAGAUGGAGAAAGGAAAGGAUCAUGCAUCUCCUAUAACACCGACGACCACAGAUGCUUCCUCAAAUCCACCCACCCAGAUGAUACCAAGACCAUUCAAUCUACUCGGGUCAACACCUCCUCUUGCUAUUCCAUCAACCAAUCUACCAACCCAGGUGAUACCAAUUUCGCCCUUUGUGAUGGAUUUCUCAAACUAUAUGCAUGGGCACCAUCCACCAUUGGGGUAUUCGUGGUUACCACCACCCUUUCUGGAUCGUCCUGAUACCAACCCAUCUACAUGGACUAGUCAGGGAAACCCAAGACCUCCAACAUAUUCAUCACCUACCCCUCCGAUUGAUUUACACUCCGCAAGUUCAAGUAAUGUCGAUGAAAGUGAAGAUGCCAUGCCUGCCUCUACGCCCCAUGGUGAUGAUACUGUGCAUAUCCUGGGGGCCGAUACUGUGCAUAUGGAGGGGGCCGAUACUGUUCAUAAAGAGGGGGUUGAUACUGUGCAUACCGAGGGGACUGAUACCGUUGAGGAGCCGAAAUUGGAUAUGGUGUUUAAUUCUGAGGAGGAGUUACUUGGUUAUUAUAAAAGAUAUGGACAACAGUGUGGUUUCGGGGUAAUGACACAAAGGAGUCACAGACUUGAGGAUGGGAGCCUUAGAUAUGUGACAUUGGGUUGUGCCCGUGGUGGGAAGGCUCGGAAUCGUACGUCAAAUGUCAUUAGGCCACGUCCGACUUCAAAGACUGACUGUAAGGCUAGGAUAAAUGCUACAUUAGAAAAAGGGGUGUUGAAGGUGUCGAGUGUGUACAAUCACCAUAAUCACGGCUUAAGUCCCCAAAAGUCAAGAUUCUUUCGCUGCAAUAGAGAAGUGAGCGAAUCUGUUAAAAGAGUGUUAGAUAUAAAUGAUCAGGCUGGGAUUAGAAUGAACAAGAGUUUCGCCUCUCUUGUUCAAGAAGCGGGUGGAUUUGAAAACUUACCAUUCAAUGAAAAAGAUUGUCGGAAUUAUAUAGAUAAGGCACGGCAUCUUCGACUUGGGAAAGGAGGUGCUGGAGCCCUCCGUGAGUAUUUUGCCAGGAUGCAAUAUAAGAAUGAUGGAUUCUUUUCAUUAAUAGAUAUGGACGAUGAUGGACGAUUGAAGAAUGUAUUUUGGGCGGAUGCACGAAGUAGGGCAGCCUACAAAUAUUUUGGUGAUGUUGUCACGUUCGACACGACGUAUUUGACAAACAGAUAUGGGAUGCCGUUUGCACCGUUUGUUGGUGUCAACCACCAUGGCCAGUCAAUUCUGUUGGGGGCAGGUUUAAUAUCUAAUGAGGAUACUGAAACGUUUACUUGGUUAUUUCAGACUUGGUUGAACUGUAUGGAUGGUGAAGCUCCAAAGGCUAUUAUCACGGAUCAGGACAGAGCCAUGAAAAAUGCAAUUGCGCUGGUCUUUCCAAAUUGCCGACACCGGUUCUGCUUAUGGCACAUAUUGAAAAAAUUACCUGAGAAGUUAGGUGCACAUGGUGCAUACAAAACAGGGUUGAAAUCUAAGUUGCUUAACUGUGUGUAUGACUCUCAAACAAUACAGGACUUUGAGAGUUCUUGGGAUGUGUUAAUUUCCAAGUACAACUUGCAAGAGAAUGUUUGGUUGCAGAGCUUAUAUGCUGAGCGUAUGUGUUGGGCUCCAGUAUUCAUGAAAGAUGUUUUCUGGGCGGGAAUGAGUACAACCCAACGAAGCGAAAGCAUGAAUGCUUUUUUUGAUGGGUAUGUUCAUGCCAAAACAAACUUAAAAGAGUUUGUUGAUCAGUUCGAUAAUGCGCUGAGGAAGAAGAUUGAGAAUGAAAAUGCGUCGGACUUCCAAUCAUUCAACGUGGUUAUUCCUGUUGUCUCUCCCUCUCCACUUGAGAAGAUAUUUCAGAAUAUCUACACUUGCAACAAAUUUAGAGAAGUUCAAAAAGAAGUUAUAGGGAUGCUUGCAACUCUUUUCACUCUACACCAGAAGGAUGGGGUAAUUGCAACAUACCGUGUAGAAGAUGAAGUAGAUGUUGAUGGUUUUAUCAAGGAGGUGACCCACAAGGUAUACUUUAAUGAGGCGGAGUGCGAGGUGAAGUGUUCAUGUGCGUUGUUCGAGAUGAGAGGCAUAUUGUGUAGACAUGUAUUAGCCAUUAUGAGAGUUAACAAAGUCCGUUCAGUGCCAGAAAAGUAUAUACUAGAUCGAUGGCGGAAAGACAUUAAAAGGACAUACACUCUUAUACGAAGUAGUUAUGACAUGGUUGAUCAGAGGCCUGAAGUUAGAAGGUAUUCCCGUAUCAUCAAGAAAUGCUACGAAGUAGCCACAAAUGCUGCUUCAUGUGAUGAGUAUACUGAAGACAUGGUAGUUCAGUUAGAUGCAAUGAACAUAGCAUACUGCACCGCCAAGCCGCCCUCGAAGGUUGCAGUUACAAGUGCCGAGGGAAUAGAAGGUGGGAGUUCUAAGAAAGUAUUGAGUCCCCUGGUAGUUAAGGGAAAAGGCAGACCUCCAUCUUUAAGGAAAAAAUCAAUGGUUGAGAGAGUUAAACCUACGACGAAGAAGCAAAGUCAGAAAGGAAAACGAAAACAGCCGCAUGGAAUAGAAGGCGAAUCCCUCUCCACUUGUAGGUCACUAUUUCAGCAAACAGAUGUUGGGACACAACACUUGAACCUCGUUCAGCCGCAAAGCUAUACAUCCGAAGUGUUGGACAUGAGUGUGACCGAGUUAGGCUUUGCAGUGAAUGAGACGCAAGAAAGUAUGCAACUUAAGAUGGAUGGAAGCCAGCCGGAUAGCACGCCUGGGACACAACCGUGGCAAUAAGUCCCUUGACGUGGUUUGUAUCUUAAAUGUUGAUGAGUUAACAAAUUUUUUCUAAUUUAGCUUGGGGAAAAAUAAAUCACUUUCUAAUGGGGUGUGUGUACAUGCAUGUUAAUCUAGUAGAUUAGAAUUCGCAAAUAUGUAUACCCGGUUUUAAAGGUGAGAGACUUUUUAAAUAAUUUAUAUGGCCGGCUGGUGUGGUGGAGUAUUAGCCAAGAUGUUGAGCUGAAACUAGGCUUCUUUAUGGCUGUGAUUAUGUUGGGAUUGGGUACAAAUGGAGGAGCUAACAAAUUUCCUGCGUAUACAUCUAGUUUGAUCGUAAUUCAUGCUAUUUAUUGACUGUAUAUGGUUGAUUUGGUUUGCUUUGCUUUCAGUUCGAAAAUGGGUAGCUUCAUGGGAGUUUUGUACAAAAUUAGGAAGCUGUAGGCUUGAACGACAUUCAAUUCGAGCAGCUCGGUGUACAGUUAUAGGGUCAUUAUGUAAAGGGAGAAUUUUAGUGGAACCACUCUUUGUAAAUGCCCAACUUUAGAUGUACAAAUGUUUUUGUUGUAUGGUUGGUAUUGAGAAGAUGUAAUUAUUUUUUGAUGGGUGGUGAAAGCGUAUGUGUUGUAAUUAUUUUUUGAUGGGUGGUGAAAGCUGCACAGGUUGUCAUUAUUUUUUGUUGGAAUUUUUGGAAGUGAGGGGCUGAUAUGGUUUUGUUGUAUUGAUUUGCUACUUUUUUAGCAAAUUUGGAAAGUAGCAUGUAUUCACUGUAUGAUGGAUCAUAAUAUAUGAUAUUCAAUUUCAGAUUUGUAAUU